CAAUUCCAUGUACCAAAUAAAAGUAGUAUAUUAUCUAAGCUGCGCGCGCUAGGUGAAAAUUAAAUAGGGAUGGCAUUGCAGGAUGAAUUGGGUCGUGCCCAAACUCACAUAAGGAACCACAUUCUCAACUUCAUAAAUUCAUCUUCUCUCAAAUGUGCUGUUCAGCUAGGCAUUCCAGACGUGAUUCAUAGACACGGUCGACCCAUGACGCUUGAAGAGCUGGUUGACGCCCUCGCUAUCAACAAGGCAAAAGCCGACCACCUUGGUCGCCUCAUGCGCGUCUUGACUCGUACUGGCAUCUUUAUUAAGGACGACGACGGGUAUGCCCUCGGGCCUCCGUCGUGUCUUCUCAUUAAGGACCAUCCCUUUAGUAUGGCACCUUUCGCGCUAGGGGCAACCGGUCCCACAUUUACGGGUCCAUGGCAGCAUGUCAGUGAAUGGUUCCACAACGAUGAUCCAACGCCGUACCAAACAGCGUAUGGGAAAACAUUUUGGGACCGCGUCAGUCAAGACCCGGAGUUUAACCAUCACUUUAACCAAGCCAUGGCAAGUAAUUCCUUACUUGUAAUGUCUUUGGUCAAAAAAUAUUGUAGGGAAGUUUUUGAGGGGUUGGAUUCACUAGUAGAUGUGGGAGGUGGCACCGGGAUGGUGGCCAGAGCAUUGGCCGAUGAAUUCCCGGAUAUGAAGUGUAGUGUGUUGGAUCUUCCGCACGUUGUUGCCGGCUUGGAAGGGACUAAGAACUUGGUCUAUGUUGCGGGAAACAUGUUCGAGGUCAUACCUCCUGCACAAGCAGUUGUUCUUAAGAUGAUAAUGCACAAUUGGAAUGACGAGGAUUGCGUUACAAUAUUGAAAAAUUGUAAAGAAGCAAUACCCAAUAGAGAAAAUGGAGGAAAAGUUAUUAUUCUUGAUAUGAUAAUGGGCUCCACCCAAAACAGAGACGACGACAACGAUGAUGAUGAUGAGUUAAUCCAAACCCAAAUUUUCGCGGAUGUGCAUAUGAUGGUUAAUUUUGGUGGACGAGAGCGAAAAUUAAAAGAAUGGGUAAAGAUCUUCAAUGAUGCUGGCUUUACCGACUAUAAAACAACUCAACUGGGAUUAAUGUCUCUUAUUCAACUUUUUCCUUAACUCGCAACUGCGCUUGCCCAUCCCAUGCUAGUUGAAGUUUGUCUUGAUGAAAUAAAGAUGGUUGGCUUUGUUACAUGUGUGAUUUGAUAAAUAUUGCAAUCAGGGUACACCAAUUGUUGAAUAAAUAUGGGACAAUAUGGGAUAUGUUUUAUAUUCUGUUUAUAUUUUAAGUUUUAUUUUAUUAUAUUCGACAAAUUGUAUCUUGUAACCAUUGUUUGAGUAAUAAUAUUUUAAUUGUUUUGA